AUGUCUUCCACCGACAAGUCGAGGCAGUCCUCGGGAGGGAAAUCUUUCUUCUCGCGGAACAGGAAAGAUAAACGCAACACCAGCGACGAAGGCCGCUACUUGGCUGGAGGCGCCGACAACUUCGAUACCGCCAGCAUACACUCCCGUGCCUCUCGACACCAUCGCGACUCGUCUUCCGUCUCAAUCGACCAGUUCCCCGACUCCGGCCUGUCGGCUGGGCCAAUGACCAGUAUCCCCUACGAAGCCGUACCCGAUUCUCGAUCCCCAGUACCGGUCGAAUACUUGCCCAAGCCCGACCAAAUCGCGCUGCUGCGCGGCGGCCCUUCGCCACAUCAUCUCAACAAAGGUGGUGACUUUCACCAAUAUCCCAACUUUGAUCCAUCCAGCAUGGCGGGCGGAUCGAAUAGUUCGCGGACUCCGCAGUCGAACAUCACAAUGGCGAGCACUGGUCGCCAGACGCAAUACCAGCAGUGGGGCCCAGGGCCGGCUCGCGUUAGCAUGGCGAGCACAAUCAAUGGGUCCCACAACCCCAGAUACGAUUCGUACAUGACAUCGGGGGGUCGAAGUUCCGCUGACCAAGCCAGCAUAUUCUCAUCAGGUAAUGGAGGCACCUUAGACAAGACCGCAAAUCGCUCAUCAAGACCAGCACUACCCAGUGCUUCAUCGCAGAGUUCCUAUUCCUCGCACACGUCCUAUAGGGACUCGUCACACCCAUCUUCGCACCGCCUGACAAAAUUUCCCGGCAUGGUUCCGACUGGACACGAUGGCUUCCACUUCCCCCGACCGGACAACGACGACAUCAUCAACCAGAUGUUUCUGGCUCUGAUGCAGAAGAGAGGAUGGCACAAUUUACCCGAACAGGCUCGCCGCCAAAUGGUCGCUUACCCGCCCGACAAGAAAUGGACGUUGCUUUACCAGGACCGGUUGACCGAGUGGCAAGGAGAACAAAAGAGGAGGCAGACAGCAAAACCGAAUCAAUACGCGACUCCGGAAAUCUUGGUAAACUCGGACGAGGAAGGAUCGCCAGAAUGGUACGUCCGACGUGUGAUGGAUAACAGCUUGGACACGAAGGGCCUGGGAAGUCUGGAGGUCAACCUCAGAACGCAACAAAUAGGAUGGGUCAAGCGCUUCAUCGAGUGUCAGGGUCAGGUCGCGUUGACAAACGUGUUGAUGAAGAUCAACCGCAAGACCGCCCUCGGACCGGCACCAGACCAGAAGGCUGACAGGCAUUUGGAUCGCGAAUACGAUAUCAUCAAGUGUCUCAAGGCCUUGAUGAACAACAAGUUCGGCGCCGACGAUGCCCUCGCACACCAGCAGGUCAUGAUCGCACUCGCUACCUCGCUUAUUUCUCCGCGUUUGACAACACGAAAGCUGGUCAGCGAAGUCCUCACGUUCCUGUGUCAUUGGGGAGAAGGCGAAGGCCACUUGAAGGUUAUCCAAGCCCUUGACUCCGUCAAAGCUCAGCAAGGAGAAAAUGGCAGAUUCGACGCCUGGAUGCGACUCGUCGAGGUCACCGUCGAUGGACGAGGAAAGAUGGGCAGUCUGGUAGGAGCCAGUGACGAGGUCCGGAGUGGUGGUAUCGGCAUGGAGAAUCUGUUGAUGGAAUACGCAGUCGCUACGUUGAUUCUCAUCAACAUGAUUGUCGACGCCCCUGAGAGGGAUCUUCAGCUGCGGAUGCACAUUCGCGCGCAGUUCACAGCAUGCGGCAUGAGGCGAAUCCUCACCAAGAUGGAGUCGUUCCAAUACGACCUCAUUGACAAGCAGAUCGAGCAUUUCCGAUCCAACGAGGCUAUCGACUAUGAGGACAUGCUGGAGAAGGAAAACAGCAGCAUCAAGGACAGCGUCGAAGGAGAAGUCAAGGACCUCAACGACCCUGUUCAGAUUGUUGAUGCCAUCCAGCAACGGUUGCGGGGAAGCAAGACUCAGGAUUACUUCAUCUCAGCACUCCAGCACUUGUUGCUCCUUCGUGAUAACGAUGGCGAAGAACGACUGCGGACAUUCCAGCUCGUGGACUCCAUGCUCAGUUACGUGGCCAUGGAUCGGCGUUUGCCGAACAUGGACCUGAAGCAGAGUCUCAACUUCACCGUUCAGAGUCUAUUGGACAAGCUGCACACGGAUUCCGAGGCCCGCCAGGCCUUGGACGAGGCCGUAGAGGCAAGGCAAAUUGCCGAUGCUGCUAUGGCUGAGAGAGACGAGAUGAAGGAGAGGAUCGAGCUGGGAGCUGAUGGACUUGUGGCGAAAUUGCAGAAGCAACUGGAUGAGCAGGCGAGGUUUAUUGAUGCUCAACGUCGCCAAGCCGAGGGCCUCAAGGCUGAGUUGGAAAACAUCCAGACGUUGCGUCAGAAAGAGGCUCAGCGUUAUGAGUUAGAAACGAGAGAGCUCUACCUGAUGCUCCGCGAUGCGCAAGAUGUGGCUGCAUCCACCGCCAUCAAGGGUGCUGGCAGCAAGCUCGGAGAAGAAGACCCUGCUAAAAUGCAAGGAAUCCUGGACCGUGAUCGUCUCAUGGAGCGUCUGCAGAUGCAGAUUGAGCGACAGAAGACACAGUUCAAGUUGGAGGGUAGAGUAUGGGGAGAGGCCGUCGGACCAUCUGACAGACUUCGUGCUCUCCGCGAGGAGAUGGACGACAGCGCCAUGGCUGGUUCGGGACCUGGCACGCCGCCUCGAGACUUCACCAACAGCAUGCUGGGCAGCGUCAACCGCAACACCAAGAUUGCCCGCAAGCCUGUUCAGGGCCGUGAGCUUGUCGAGGGUGAGCUGCUCGAGACCGAGGAAUACGAAGAUGAAGAUGGAGUUGUCUACGAGAGACCCAGAGUUGUCGAGAUCCGCCGCCCCGUCAUGGACCCCAGCCAAAAGGCUGGCCUCUUCGGCGAGAUGGCCGGCAAGGUCAAGAGAUACGAUGCCGACAGCGACUCGGAGAUGGGCGAGGGUGCUACUACGGGUCCCUCUCACCCCAGUCUGGAAUCAGGCUCGCCCAUCACGCCCGCCGAAGGAGAGCCUCCCAAGAUCCAGGUCACCGGUGCUGGGGCGCCGCCUCCGCCACCUCCCCCGCCUUCUAUGCCUGGUCAAGCCGGCGCACCUCCGCCGCCACCGCCCCCCCCGCCCAUGCCUGGAAUGCUUUCGCCGACCGGUGCCCCCGCUCCGCCGCCUCCUCCUCCGCCCCCGCCUAUGCCCGGGGCUGCUGGCGGACCCCCUCCUCCUCCGCCCCCUCCGCCAAUGCCUGGUGCCGCUGGAAUGCCUCCUCCGCCACCUCCUCCGCUGCCUGGAGCUAUCUCUGGACACUUCUUGUCACAAGCUACGCCCAACUUUUCCUCUGCGCCCUCUCUCGGCCUGCCUGCAGUUCGCCCGAAGAAGAAGCUCAAGGCUCUUCAUUGGGACAAGGUCGAUUCUCCUAUGACAACUCACUGGGCUGCGCAUGCACCGUCCGCUGAGGAGCGCGAAGAGAAGUAUAUCGAACUGAGCAAGAAGGGUAUCCUGGAUGAGGUUGAAAAGCUCUUCAUGGCCAAGGAGAUCAAGAAAUUAGGGCUUGGUGGUGGUGGGAAGAAGGACGACAAGAAGCAGAUUAUCAAUGGUGAUCUUCGCAAAGCCUACGAAAUUGCGUUCGCCAAGUUUUCACAAUAUUCUGUUGACAAGAUUGUGCAAAUGAUCAUCCACUGCGACAAGGACAUCUUGGAUAACCCAGUGGUCAUGGACUUCUUGGGCAAGGAUGAUCUUUGCAACAUUCCAGACAAUACGGCUAGGCAGUUGGCUCCCUACAGCAAAGACUGGACAGGUGCCAACCCGGACAAGGCGGACCGCGAACAAGACCCUGCUGAGCUCACCAGACAGGACCAGCUUUACCUUUACACUGCCUUUGAGUUGCACCACUACUGGAAAGCCAGAAUGCGUGCUCUGUCCCUGACUAGGAGUUUCGAGCCAGAGUUCGACGAAAUUACCGAUAAGAUGCGUCACGUUGUAGGCGUAUCUGAGUCUCUGAGAGACUCUGUAUCCCUGAUGAAUGUCCUCGGUCUUAUUCUGGACAUUGGAAAUUACAUGAACGACGCGAACAAGCAGGCUCGCGGUUUCAAGCUGAGCUCCUUGGCCCGUCUCGGCAUGGUCAAGGACGACAAGAACGAGUCCACCUUGGCUGAUCUCGUCGAGCGCAUCGUCCGCAACCAAUACCCUGAGUGGGAGGACUUCUCCAAUGACAUUUCUGGAGUCAUGGCUGCUCAGAAGAUCAACAUCGAGCAACUUCAAUCCGAUGCCAAGCAGUACAUUGAUACCGUCAAGAAUGUCCAGAUGUCGCUCGACGUGGGCAACCUGAGCGAUUCCAAGAAAUUCCACCCACAGGAUCGUGUGAGCCAGGUCGUGCAGAGAAUUAUGAAGGAUGCAAGGAGAAAGGCCGAGGAGAUGUCGCUGUACUUGGAGGAGAUGAUGAAGACCUACAACGAUAUCAUGGUCUUCUAUGGCGAAGACCCUGCAGACGAAAAUGCUCGCAGAGACUUCUUCGCCAAGCUUGCCAUGUUCAUCGGCGAGUGGAAGAAGUCCAGGGAAAAGAACAUUAAGUACGAGGAGCAGCGCAGACGCAACGAGGCUUCCAUGAAGCGGAAGCACCAGCAGCUCAACGUCGCAGGCGGCAAGGUGGAGGGUGCGCCUCCCUCACCCUCAAGUGCUGGAGCCAUGGACUCUCUGUUGGAGAAGCUACGUGCUGCUGCGCCCCAAACGCGAGACCAGAGAGAUCGCCGCCGCAGAGCAAGACUCAAGGAUCGUCAUCAGGUGCGUAUAGCAUCUGGACAAAAGAUUCCCGAUCCCGACGAAAAUCCGGAAAUCGAGGCAAACCUGGCACAACCGCCCAAAGAGAACCCCAUCGACGAGGAUGGCAAUCUCCUCAGCCCGGGGCUAUCGUCACCGAGAGAAGGCGGCGAAGACGACGUUGCCGAGCGUGCUGCCAUGCUCCUCCAAGGCAUGCGCGGUGGAGACGGGGCGGACGACGCCGAUCCCGAGAAGAGAGAGAGCCUGCGGCGCUCGAGGAGGCAAACGGCCGAGGAAGAGCGGCGGAUGAGGAGGCGCAGACGUGAGAAGGCUUCUUCCACCAAUACUGCCGCCAUCAGCGAAGGAGGCGAAGGGGAGACGACUGUGACGGAGGCCUCGAAGGAGGAGGAGAUACCCACGACACCCUCUGUGGAGAACACACCUGUAGAAUCAUGA